CGAUCGCUUGUUUUUCUCGGAUUAACUUCUUCUGCGGAGAGGCCACGAUGCAGGGGGCGCAGAAGUUGAUGAACGUCUUCGUGACGCGGCGGAUACCGCACGAAGGAAUGAAGAUCCUCAGCCAGUGUGGCACGUGUAAGGUGUCGCUCUGGGACUCCGACGAGCCCAUUCCGCGCUCCGAGCUGCUGCAGAGAGUGUCCGGCGCGCACGGGCUGCUCUGCCUCUUAUCGGAGCGCAUCGACGCCGAAGUGCUGGACGCGGCAGGGCCAAACUUGAAGGUGAUCAGCACAUUAUCAGUGGGGUUUGACCAUCUAGCCAUAGAUGAAAUCAAGAAACGAGGGAUCCGUGUGGGCUACACCCCAGACGUCCUGACGGACGCCACAGCGGAGCUGACCAUGGCUCUGCUGCUGGCUACUGCCCGGCGCAUCCCCGAGGGCGUGGAAGAGGUCAAAAGUGGCGGGUGGAGAAGUUGGAAAUCGCUGUGGCUGUGUGGCUAUGGUCUGUCCGGCAGCACCGUCGGUGUCAUCGGUCUUGGCCGUAUCGGAAUGGCCAUCGCUCGCCGGGUGAAGCCUUUUGGGGUUCGAAAGCUGUUGUAUUCAGGACGGACGGCUAAACCGCAGGCUGCGGAGGUGGAGGGGGAGUUUGUGCCCCUGGACCAACUGGUGUCAGACAGUGACUUCAUCAUCGUGUCCUGCUCCCUGACCCCCGAGACUCAGGGAUUGUGUAACAAGGCGCUUUUCAGCAAGAUGAAGAAGACCGCAGUCUUUAUUAACACCAGCAGAGGUGCAGUGGUGAACCAGGAGGACCUUUACGAAGCCCUGUCCAGCGGGCAGAUCGCGGCGGCCGGUCUGGACGUCACCACCCCCGAGCCCCUGCCCACCGAUCACCCCCUGCUGACACUGAAGAACUGCGUGAUCCUUCCCCAUAUUGGCAGCGCCACCUACUCCACCAGGGGCAUCAUGUCUGAGCUGGCUGCCAAUAAUCUGCUCGCUGGGUUGUCUGGGACAGCCAUGCCAAGCGAGCUCGUCCUUUAGGUUCACAGCUAGCUUCUGUUUCGAAGGUUAAGGGGUUUAGUCGACAACACAAUGCACUAUGUCUCCAUGUUGCUGUGCGGGAAUCUCACUGUAGGUGUGUGAGCUACGGAACUUGAGUAAUUUUUGUUGGAGAGAUAUGAGAAUAGGUGUUAACUCUAGAGUGUUAAAACACUAGUUUGCAUAUCUUUUAGUCAGGAUUAUCAUUAAAGAAGACUAAAACUACAAGAAAAUAUUUUUGUAAAAUGAAGUAAGAUACAACAAAAGAAAAUCCUGAUUCAGAUGAAAGCUAUAAAUACUGCUUCCGAAUCACCUGAAACGUUUCCGCAAAAAUAGUGAUUUUGUUUGUUUUUAAUGAAAAUUCCUAAUACUUGGAACAUUGCUCCCGUUUUGAUUACAUUAGUACACAAUGUCCUACAUUUGUACCAUGUAUAUUCAUCUAGGGUUCCAUAAAGACACAUAAAAUGUCAGAUAUUCAAAUACAAUUACUAAAACUAAAAGAUAUAAAAAAUAGAAAUAUAUUUAAAAAUAGAAACUAAUAAAACCACAUUAACAACUAACUAAAACUAAACUGGAUUCCAAAUGAAAAUUGAAGAGAGAAACCUAAAAUCUAAAUUGGAAAGAAUCAAGAUUAUAAAGAGACUGCUUUCAGCACAAGGACUAAAUUAACACUCCAAGACUGAACCAUUUCACUCCUCCUCGUGUGCACUGUAGAAGUCCUUUUUGUGUUUUAUCGACUGGAAAUGUUUUAGUAUGACCUGGUAAGUUUCCAUCAAAGUAGGGGCCAGACCACACGUAGGGGCCAGACCACACUCCGGAGUCCCAGUAAACCAUCGGCUUUCGGUGGCAGAGAAAACGUUGAUGGUUCUGCUGUUAGCAUUUCUGACUUGCUGUAUUAUGCAGAACUGUCCCCUGCGUGUGGUCUGUCCCCUACGGGUGGUCAUGCUGUAACUGGUGCUGAGCUCUGUAAACCUCACUGAGCCGAAUACUCUCUCUUGUGCCUUAUCUUCACGCUCCUCCACGUGAUCAUGUUUCAUGCUGAUUAAAGGUUACUUCCUCUCCUUGA